CCAUGAGUUGUAUCACCUGUCCAAGAUGAAACUGUUCGUAUUCCUGGCUCUGGCCGUGGCCGCAGCCACCGCCCUCCCUGCCCCCGAGCAGAAGGACCAGAAGCUGACCCCCGUGCCCGUCAAGGACAUCCAGGGUCGCAUCACCAACGGCUACCCGGCCUACGAGGGCAAGGUGCCCUACAUCGUGGGUCUCCUCUUCAGCGGCAACGGAAACUGGUGGUGCGGAGGCUCCAUCAUCGGCAACACCUGGGUCCUCACCGCAGCUCACUGCACCAACGGAGCCAACGGAGUCACCAUCAACUACGGAGCCAGCAUCCGCACCCAGCCCCAGUACACCCACUGGGUGGGCAGUGGCAACAUCAUCCAGCACCACCACUACAACAGCGGCAACCUGCACAACGACAUCUCCCUCAUCCGCACUCCCCACGUCGACUUCUGGCACCUGGUGAACAAGGUGGAGCUGCCCAGCUACAACGACCGCUACCAGGACUACGCCGGCUGGUGGGCCGUUGCCUCCGGAUGGGGCGGCACCUACGACGGAUCCCCACUCCCCGACUGGCUCCAGGCCGUCGAUGUCCAGAUCAUGUCCCAGUCCGACUGCAGCCGCACCUGGUCCCUCCACGACAACAUGAUCUGCAUCAACACUGCCGGUGGAAAGUCCACCUGCGGAGGUGACUCCGGUGGCCCCCUGGUCACGCACGAGGGCAACCGCCUGGUCGGAGUGACCUCCUUCGGCUCCGGAGCCGGCUGCAUGGCCGGACACCCCGCUGUGUUCAGCCGAGUGACCGGAUACCUUGACUGGAUCCGCGACAACACCGGCAUCUCCUACUUAGGAGAUGCCGGUGUUGUCGCGGAUCCAGUCAAGGUAUCCGGUGACGCGGCUGAAGACGGCGGGAGCGCCGGACUGGCAGCCGGCGGCGGAGCCGAAGGAGGUCACUCCGACCAGGCGGUUGCCCUCGUGCGUGACCAGGGGGCCACCGGAGUCACCUCCGCAGGUGGACUUUCCUCCGGCAGUGUUGAUGCAGAUCAUGUUGUCGUGGAGGGACCAGGUGCGGCUGCAGUCGGACUGGGACAGGAUCUGGACAUCGACGGCCUGGAGCCAGUCGGGGAGUGGGGAUCCGUCGUAGGUGCCGCCCCAUCCGGAGGCAACGGCCCACCAGCCGGCGUAGUCCUGGUAGCGGUCGUUGUAGCUGGGCAGCUCCACCUUGUUCACCAGGUGCCAGAAGUCGACGUGGGGGGUGCGGAUGAGGGAGAUGUCGUUGUGCAGGUUGCCGCUGUUGUAGUGGUGGUGCUGGAUGAUGUUGCCACUGCCCACCCAGUGGGUGUACUGGGGCUGGGUGCGGAUGCUGGCUCCGUAGUUGAUGGUGACUCCGUUGGCUCCGUUGGUGCAGUGAGCCGCGGUGAGGACCCAGGUGUUGCCGAUGAUGGAGCCUCCGCACCACCAGUUUCCGUUGCCGCUGAAGAGGAGACCCACGAUGUAGGGCACCUUGCCCUCGUAGGCCGGGUAGCCGUUGGUGAUGCGACCCUGGAUGUCCUUGACGGGCACGGGGGUCAGCUUCUGGUCCUUCUGCUCGGGGGCAGGGAGGGCGGUGGCCGCGGCCACGGCCAGAGCCAGGAAUACGAACAAAAGUUUGCCAAAUAUAUUGCUGGCCAUUUUACUGACACGCGACAAGAGCUCUCGAAACCGAUAAGACCACGGUAUAAAAGGCUGGUCAGUGCGGGCCAGAAGCACAAGUUGCAAGACUUAGCCAACAUGAAGGUCUUAGUAUUCCUGGCUCUGGCCGUGGCUGCGGCCUCCGCCAUCCCCACUCCCGAGCAGAAGCUGACCCCCGUGCCCGUCAAGGACAUCCAGGGUCGCAUCACCAACGGCUACCCGGCCUACGAGGGCAAGGUGCCCUACAUCGUCGGUCUGCUCUUCAGCGGCAACGGAAACUGGUGGUGCGGCGGCUCCAUCAUCGGCAACAACUGGGUGCUGACUGCUGCCCACUGCACCAACGGAGCCAACGGAGUGACCAUCAACUACGGAGCCAGCAUCCGCACCCAGCCCCAGUAUACCCACUGGGUGGGCAGCGGUGACUUCGUCCAGCACCACCACUACAACAGCGGCAACCUCCACAACGACAUCUCCUUGAUCCGCACUCCCCACGUCGACUUCUGGAGUCUGGUCAACAAGGUGGAGCUCCCCAGCUACAACGAUCGCUACCAGGACUACGCCGGCUGGUGGGCCGUUGCCUCCGGAUGGGGCGGCACCUACGACGGAUCCCCACUCCCCGACUGGCUCCAGGCUGUCGAUGUUCAGAUCAUUUCCCAGAGCGAGUGCAGCCGCACCUGGUCCCUCCACGACCAGAUGAUCUGCAUCAGCACCAGCGGCGGAAAGUCCACCUGCGGAGGUGACUCCGGUGGCCCCCUGGUCACACACGAGGGCAACCGCCUGGUCGGAGUGACCUCCUUCGUCUCUGGAGCUGGAUGCCAGGCCGGACACCCCGCUGUGUUCAGCCGAGUGACCGGAUACCUUGACUGGAUCCGCGACAACACCGGCAUCUCCUACUAAGAGUUUUCAAUAAAGUUUUAAAGCAUA